AUGGUUAUUCACUAUGAUCAGAAUGAGGAUGAUUACUAUGAUCUUGAUGAUUAUGACAUGGAUGAAUCUUACUACUUCUAUGUUAUCAAUGCAAUACUGAGUGGCACUGCUAGGCUCAAUGUUCUCUUACCUACAGUCACCACCCUUGCCUUCACCAUUUUCGCACCUAUAUUAACAAAUGAUGGUGAAUGCAAUGCGCUGAAUCGCUGGUUGAUGGGCAUCUUUCUAGCUAUUUUGGCAGUGUCUUGUGUCUUCUUCACCUUCACUGACAGCUUCAGAACAGCUACUGGAAGAUUGUAUUAUGGGGUGGCAACAUUCAGAGGGAUAUGGACUUUCUAUGGAGGCAGGAAGAAACCAUGUGUGCCAUCAGAUUACAGGUUGACAUGGGCUGAUCUUUUCCAUGCAUCACUCUCCCUCCUCUCUUUUCUUGCUUUUGCAGGAUUACACUAUGAUGUUGUAAAAUGUUAUUAUCCAGUAAUGCCCAGAAAGGUGACAAACACUGUUCCCCUUGUGGUUGGUUUUGUGGUGAGCAUCAUUUUUGUAGUGUGUCCAUCAAAGAGAAGAGGGAUUGGCUAUCCUUUCUUGCUGCAGCCAAACCCCAUGUACUCCAGACAUUGA